AUGCGGUCAACCUGCGAGGGAAGUUUUGUUGCUCUUCCAGUCCUACGGUCUGAAAAAGGGUCCCUUAAAUUCUUGUGUUCUACUCGCCCAGAUAAUAGGUCUGAAUACAGCAAGAAGAUGCAGAGAUCCAACGUGGGUGAGAACUGUCCAGUAUUUGAUGGCUUAUUUGAGUUCUGUCAGUUGUCCGUGUAUGGCUCUGUCACAAGUGCUGUGAAACGCAAUAAGCAGCAGACAGACAUCGCUGGGAACUGGGCUGGGGGCCUGCACCAUGCAAAGAAGCCUGAAGCAACUGGCUUCUGUUACGUCAAUGAUACCAUCUUGGCCAUCCUGGAAGUGCUAACGUAUCAUCAGUGGGUGCUGUAUAUUGACUUUGAUAGUCACCAUGGUGAUGGUGUGGAAGAGACCUUCUAUCCUACAGACAGGGUCAUGAUUGUGUCCUCUCAUAAAUAUGGAGAGUAG